AUGCCGAGGAAGAAGAAGAAGAAGAAGAAGAAGAAGAAGAAGAAGGAGAACGAGUACGACACAGAAUCAAAGUGGACAGGUGGUCAGUUUGUGGAGGCCCUGGGUCGCCUAGGUUAUCCUGGUGCGUCAUCACUGAAGGCCUCAGAGUUUGACUGGCUGUUUGACUGUGCCCCGGAGAACCUUCACUUCUUGCGCUUUGUCUGUCGGACCCUAAACCGAAGCAAUGUUCUCACCAUCGAGGAGGCAUGGGCUUUUCAGGAGCUACAGAAAUCUGGCAGGCCAGUUCUAGAUGAGGCGGCUUUGGGCGAGGUUCUUAAAACCAUUGGACCUUCAGAUGGAAGCAGUGAAAAUGUCUUAGGGCCCUCUUCUUCAUCUGCAACAUCCCUAUUUGCAGCAGAAGGAGAUGUGAUCAUAGAAGACUUGGAGAUGGAGCUCCAAGCACUGCGUAAAGAGAAAGAGCUAAAGCAGCGACGCUACAGCAGGUUGCAGGUUGCUGCCACCUCGCAUGCAGAUGUUGACCUACAACUCACUGCAGAGCUGGAGAGUGCUGCAUGUAAGCUAAAGGAGGCCAGUGUUGCUAUUGGAGCUGAGAAUGCUAACACCAACAGUCAGUUACAAAACCUAACAGAUGAGGUGAGAAAGCUUGCUUCAUAUCUCCCUGCUCAGCCAGAAGCCAGUCAAAAAGGAAAAGAAUCUGUUGCCCCAUCAAAUUCUUCUACCUCUAGAAGGCCCACUGUCCUCCUCUCUCAGCUAUCGUUGGAUCCCUACCUACAUCAAGAGGAGCUCAACACCAAAACAUUAUCUGCCUUCACUCAGAAGCAGUUUUUCCAGGGUAUCUCUGACAUUGUUGAGACUUCUUGCUCUGAGCGCUUCCAGGUCCUUGAUCUCAGUUCUUGUGAAGAUGGAAGAGAGGAAGAGAAUGAGCAUGAGGGAAGAGACAGGGAGGGGCGUAGGGUGGUGGACCGUAAGAGGAUAGAGAUGGCCAGACUUCAGUGGUCUUAUAUUGUGACCCAACACCAGCUGAUGCAGGCCAUGGCAGAGGAGAAGAGUGUCAAGGCUGGACUGUAUUGGCUCUCUGAGAAGUUCUCACAUUAUAAGAGCAUUUCCACUUCUUCCUCACUGCAUGUGCGUAAUACUGUAUCCAGAAAGGAGCUGCAGGCGGUGGAGGCUGAGCUGGAAGCUCUGCUUCUUGGACCAUUGCCUGCUGCCCUUAGGGAGUCAGCCAGGCUGCUCAAUGUGCCAGUAGUGAAGGGGGAUCUGGCUCUACAACUGGCCAGGCAGGACUACUACAUCUCCCGCCAAAACCAGGUUCGUGACUACCUACUCCGCCAAAAGGCAUCUUUUGACCUGGUCCUCCUAGCUCAGGAGACAGAGUUAAGGAGAUGGAAGAUGUGUUUGAAGCACCUGGUAGAAGCAAACAGCAGAAUGGUAAAAGAGGGUGAAGCAUCCUCCUCCAGGAUUGAGUCCUUGGCACAUCCUGACCUGGCUAUCAACCCUAGGCCAAACCCUAUAAUCAGCUGCAGGGAUGCUUCCUUCAGCAGAGUGCUCCAGAUUCUUGAACAUGAUUCAGACCAUGGUCGAUCACAGCCUUUUCGGACAUAUGAAGCAUUGGACCAGGCUGCUUGUGACCUAGCAGGCAACCUCCAGGUCACCCGAGAUGCUCUAGGUGGUGCUUGCCGAGGGCAGUACUACGCAGCUGCUCGCCUUAAUGGCGACUGUGAGGCGCUCCACAGGGAGAUGUACACAGAGCUACAGCAGCUGGUCUUAGGGCCGCAGGAGCUGACAGCGAAGCUUGUGGAAGCAGAGUCUCAGCUGCAAAGCUUGCAGCAUGUAAUGCAAGAAAUCAUGGGGGAGGUUAAAGCCAAGCGCUCUCAGCUGGAGCGCAAUUCCCUCCUCAGACAGGAGAGGGGGUUAUACGUCUAUUUUCACUUGGAUGCCAAACUGCUGCAGAAAAUAGUGGAAAGUCAGGAGAGCAAAAUGGCUGCAAAGAGAGGGUGCCAAUAGUCCCCAGUGGAAGAGAUAACCCUAUUAUCUCUGGUGAUGUCCAGUCUGAACCUACUCAGAAUCUGGACCUUCACUUGGUUUGUGAGGAGGAUGGAGAUCAGUCACUCAGUCUUAAUUGCCUCAACUUUGGGACAGCACUCAGCCUGAGAAAAUGCUGUGCUCUGGUGUUCCUGUGAUAUUGGGAUUCAUUUGAGUGUUUUUUUUUCUUACAGUUUUACAUAAUCUUAUCAGAAAACAUUUGGAAUUUAUUGUUGUGUUCUGUCAUGUGAUGUUCUACCCCCCCUUUAUCUUUAGUAAUCUGAUAAAUAAA